GCUCGUGCCUAAUCGAUUGUUGCUUAUACUGUAAAGUUGACAAUGGGGCAAAACAGCCGGAAGACGCUGAUCUACGCACUGGUAGCGCGUGGUUCGCCGCCGGUGGUGCUGGCUGAGUACACCGAGUUCAGCGGCAACUUCAAUUCUAUUGCCUUUCAGUGCCUCCAGAAGCUUCCUUCCUCCAACAAUAAGUUCACCUACAACUGCGAUAAUCACACCUUUAAUUAUCUCGUGCACGAUGGCUUCACAUACUGUGUUGUUGCUGAAGAAUCAGUGGGGAGACAGGUGCCAAUGGCUUUUCUAGAUCGUAUUAAGGAUGACUUUGUGGCAAAGUAUGGAGGUGGGAAGGCCGCAACAGCUCCUGCUAAUGGCCUUAACAAGGAAUUUGGUCCAAAGUUGAAGGAGCAUAUGCAAUACUGCAUUGAGCACCCUGAAGAGAUAAGCAAACUUGCAAAGGUGAAGGCACAGGUUUCAGAAGUUAAGGGUGUUAUGAUGGAAAAUAUUGAGAAGGUUCUAGAUCGUGGAGAAAAGAUAGAGCUUCUGGUGGAUAAGACUGAGAAUCUUCAUCACCAGGCACAGGACUUCAGGGCUACUGGAACAAAGAUCAGGAGAAAAAUGUGGCUGCAAAAUAUGAAGAUCAAGUUGAUUGUUUUAGCCAUUGUGAUUGCACUGAUCCUCAUUAUAGUCCUCUCUGUCUGCAAGGGUUUCAACUGUGGAAAGUGAGCGAAUUACUCACUCAUCAGAUCAUAUGUGGAUCUCUGCUGAUUCGAUUGUGGUAGCGUCGGAAUGAUGUCCACUGAGAAACUCGUUACUGUAUGUAUUAAACCAGCGGUACGUAUACAAUAUCCUAGUUGAGCAGGACAAAGUUAUAGAACACAAUGAUAGUGGUAUAUUCUCCAAGUAUUACGUGAUUUUCAUAAAUUCCAUCUCAUGGACCAUAUUGUAAUACUAAUCUGCAGUUUAUGUUCAGUGCUCUGACUCUAAAGCAUGCUA